AUGAUUAUCCCCCUUCGACCACUGGCAAACAGGCGGAGAAAAGAAGUAGCAGACGGACAAACGGACGAAGAAACACGAAAAGACGGCGAAACAGUCACAGACGGACAAACAGACGAACAAACACGAAUAGACGGCGAAACAAUCACAGAUGGAAAAACAGACGAAGAAACACGAAUAGACGGCGAAACAGAUGGAAAAACAGACGAAGAAACAAGAAUAGACGGCGAAACAGUCACAGAUGGAAAAACAGACGAAGAAACAAGAAUAGACGGCGAAACACAAACGGAGAAACAACAAAAGACAGAAAGACAACAAACAGAGAAACAGCAAAAGACAGAGAGACAACAGACAGAGAAACAACAAAAGACAGAGAGACAACAGACAGAGACACAACAAAAGACAGAAAGACAACAGACAGAGAAACAACAAAAGACAGAAAGACAACAGACAGCGAAACAACAAAAGGCAGAGAGACAACAGACAGAGAAACAACAAAAGACAGAAAGACAACAGACAGAGAAACAACAAAAGACAGAGAGACGACAGACAGGGAAACAACAAAAGACGGUAAGACAACAGACAGAGAAACAACAAAAGACAGAGAGACAACAGACAGAGAAACAACAAAAGACAGAGAGACAACAGACAGAGAAACAACAAAAGACAGAGAGACAACAGACAGAGACACAACAAAAGACAGAGAGACAACAGACAGAGAAACAACAAAACACAGAGAGACAACAGACAGAGAAACAACAAAAGACAGAAAGACAACAGACAGCGAAACAACAAAAGGCAGAGAGACAACAGACAGGAAAACAACAAAAGACAGAAAGACAACAGACAGAGAAACAACAAAAGACAGAGAGACGACAGACAGGGAAACAACAAAAGACGGUAAGACAACAGACAGAUAAACAACAAAAGACAGAAAGAAAACAGACAGAGAAACAACAAAAGACAGAGAGACAGCAGACAGAGAAACAACAAAAGACGGUAAGACAACAGACAGCGAAACAACAAAAGACAGAGAGACAACAGACAGAGAAACAACAAAAGACAGAAAGACAACAGACAGAGAAACACCAAAAGACAGAAAGACAACAGACAGCGAAACAACAAAAGACAGAGAGACAACAGACAAAGGAACAACAAAAGACAGAAAGACAACAGACAGCGAAACAACAAAAGACAGAGAGACAACAGACAGAGACACAACAAAAUACAGAAAGACAACAGACAGCGAAACAACAAAAGACAGAAAGAAAACAGACAGGGAAACAACAAAAGACGGUAAGACAACUGACAGAGAAACAACAAAAGACAGAGAGACAACAGACAGAGAAAAAACAAAAGACAGAAAGACAACAGACAAAGAAACAACAAAAGACAGAAAGACAACAGACAGAGAAACAA